AUGGGGAAGGGAAAGAACAAGGCCAGUGAAGACAGAACAAGUGGAUCUCGAACAUCUAACGGACACAAACUGAAACAACAUCAUCUUCGAAAAGGAAGACAAGAAUUAGGAUCAUCAGCAUCAGAUGGCGCUACCUCAUCGAAACAUAAAUUCCCCACGAAACUAGCCAUGUGGGACUUUGACCAUUGUGAUCCAAAGAGGUGCAGUGGUAAGAAACUCGAACGUCUUGGCUUGAUCAAGAAUUUGCGUGUAGGGCAGAAAUUUCAGGGAAUAGUAGUUAGUCCUAAUGGGAAAUUGACUGUUUGUCCCAAUGAUCUAGAAACGGUUGAACAAAAUGGGGCAGCAGUUGUGGAGUGUUCUUGGGCGAGACUUGAUGAAAUACCGUUUAGUAAAAUUGGCGGGAAAAAUGAACGACUAUUACCUUAUUUAGUAGCUGCUAAUCCGGUGAACUAUGGAAGACCAUGGAAAUUGAAUUGCGUUGAGGCAUUGGCCGCAUGUUUUGCCAUUGUGGGUCACAAUGACUGGGCUGAAUCGUUAUUACUGAACUUCUCGUGGGGUUUGACUUUUUUGAAAAUAAAUCAAGAGUUGUUGCAAGUUUACCAAGAUUGUAGUGAUUCAGAAAGUGUAUUGAGGGCACAAGAAGAAUGGUUGGUUAAGAUAGAGCAGGAGUCCAAGCAGAGAAAAGAACAGGUACAUAAAGAGGACGUUUGGAUGUUGGGAAAUGUGAAUAGAAAAAAAAGAGAUGAUAUUAUGGAUAGUGAUGACGAUGUGUCGGAGGAGGAGCUAGAAGAAGAAGAAGAAGAAGAAGAGGAAGAAGAAGAAGAAGAAGUAGAAGAAGUAGAAUACGAUAAAUUUGGUAAUAUAAUUGAGAAAAGGAAAGAAAAACAAUUGUUGAAUGAAAUCAAAUAUGACAAAUUAGGGAAUGAAGUGGAAGAGGAAUUGAGCGAGCAAGUGGAUGCGCUAUGUGUAUAA